AUGGAUCUGAAGGUGAAGCUGUGUGUGUUGCUGCUGGUGCUGGGCUGCUGCUCCCCAGGGCUGCGGGGCCAGGUGGAGGAGGAGGAGGGCCCGGGGCCGGAUGAGCUGGACGUGGAGGACGAGCUGGAUGACCUGGGGGAGGAGCUACAGGACGGGGAGGUGGAGCCAGAGGAGGCUGACGCCCCGCCCUCUGGACCACCCCCUGUACCUAAGGUGACCUAUAAAGCCCCUGAGCCCAUGGGGGAACAUUUCUUCGCCGAGUCCUUCGACCGGGGGAACCUAGACAGCUGGGUCGUGUCUAAGGCCAAGAAGGAAGAUAUCGAUGAGGAGAUUGCCAAGUAUGAUGGUAAAUGGUCGGUGGAGGAGAUAAAGGAUGGUAAGCUGCCAGGAGACAUGGGUCUGGUCCUCAAGUCCAGAGCCAAACAUCAUGCCAUCUCAGCCCAGCUCCUCAGACCUUUCAUGUUCGACACCAAGCCCCUCAUCCUGCAGUAUGAGGUCAACUUCCAGACAGGGAUUGACUGUGGUGGUGCCUACGUCAAACUGCUGUCCCAGACUCCAGACCUGAACCUGGAUGAGUUUGUAGAUAAGACCCCCUACACCAUCAUGUUCGGACCAGACAAGUGUGGAGAGGACUACAAGCUCCACUUCAUCUUCCGCCACAAGAACCCCAAGACUGGCGAGUACGAGGAGAAGCACGCCAAGAAGCCAGACGCAGAGCUGCGCUCCUUCUACACCGACAAGAAGACCCACCUGUACACCCUAGUGGUGAACCCAGACAACAGCUUUGAGAUCCUGGUGGAUCAGACGCUGGUGAACAGUGGCAGUCUGCUGACGGACAUGACUCCCCCGGUGAAUCCCCCUGCUGAGGUAGAGGACCCUGAGGACCAGCGGCCUGAGGACUGGGACGAGAGGCCCAAGAUCCAGGACCCCGACGCCGUCAAACCAGACGACUGGGAUGAGGAUGCUCCAGCACAGAUCCCAGAUGAGAGUGCAGUGAAGCCAGACGGCUGGCUGGAUGAUGAGCCAGAGUACACCAGCGACCCAGACGCCGUCAAACCUGAAGACUGGGAUGAGGAUAUGGAUGGAGAAUGGGAGGCUCCUCAGGUUCCUAACCCCGCCUGUGAGACUGCCCCUGGCUGUGGUGUCUGGCAACGCCCCAUGAUUGACAACCCCAACCACAAGGGCAAGUGGAAGGCACCCAUGAUUGACAACCCCAACUACCAGGGGCUGUGGAAGCCCAGAAAGGUGGCCAACCCUGCCUUCUUCGAGGACCUGCACCCCUUCAGGAUGAACCCCUUCAGCGCCGUGGGCCUGGAGCUGUGGUCCAUGUCCUCAGACAUCUUCUUCGACAACUUCUUCAUCACCAACGACCGCGUCACAGCCGACCGCUGGGCCACAGACGGCUGGGGCCUUAAGAAGGCUGCAGAGGGCGCCGCGGAGCCCGGUCUGGGCACUCAGAUGAUGACAGCAGCUGAAGAGCGCCCCUGGCUGUGGGUGGUGUAUGUUCUCACUGUGGCCCUGCCCCUGGUCCUCAUCAUCUUCUUCUGCUGCACCGGCAAGAAGAAGACUCCUGCGGCGGCGGCAGACUAUAAGAAGACGGACGAGCCCCAGCCUGACGUGAAGGAGGAGGAGGAGGAGAAGGUUGAGGCAGACCAGGCCAAGGAGGACCAGAGCCUGCCAGCGGAGAAGAAGAGUGAUGCAGAGGACAGCCCAGCAGAGAAGGAGGGGGAGGAGGAGGAGGAGGAGGAGGAAGCCAAUAAGGAGGAAGAGGAUGAGGAGGAAGAUGAGGCUGCCGAUGGAGAGAAACUAGACGAGGAUGUCCUGAGAAGGUCCCCCAGGAACCGUGUCAGAAAGGACUGAUGUGGCUGUUCCUACAACCCUGGAUGUCUGGUGUCAACCAACAGCCCCAACCACACCCCUACCUCCCCCCCUCUGCCUCCCCCCAACCACACCCCUACCUUCCCCCCGCCUCCCCCCAACCUCCCUCCCCUCCCCAAGACGACAGCAUCGGACAGCGCUCCAUCUCGUCAGGAUCAACAAAAAACAAUUCUGACCAACAAGGAUGAAGAUAAUAAUGGUUCCAAGUAUGAUGAAGACGGAUGAGUCUAAAGUAGAAAAAAGGGCUUUUUCGGAAGAAUAUAUAUAUAUAGAAGAAAAUCUACUUCCCAUGCUAUUCCGUACAGUGUGAGCAGACCCUAAACCCCCCCUCCCCCAUCUCCUGUCAUCUCCUCCCAGACCAACCACCCUCCCUUGCUCUAGCUAGUGAACCCAGCCUGCAGAUAACUAUCCCGUAUUUAUCAAGAAACGUCAAGGGCAAACAAAAGCUUGUGAGUUUAGAAACCCCUCUCCACUACUCAAUGUCACGUUGCUUGGUCCAGUCCAGUUGUAACAGUCCCAUGCGUUUGUAUGUAUCAGAGGGGUAGGUAAAAGGUAGCAUGAGCAUUUCUGUCAAGGGAGGAAAAACAAAACCCACAAACAAACAAACCUGGACCUGGGGUCUCUCUCAGCGUGCUCCUCUAACUUCGUAUUUUCUCGUGGCUGUAAGACGUCACAGCCAUGCAUGAGUCUCCUAGAUGUUUUCAUUCCACCUGGCUUCCAAAGCAUUGUCAUCUGAUUUAAGUGUGUUCUGGUUGUAGAGUUCUCCUUGAGUUUCAUACAAACAUGGCAGGAAGUGUAGGAUUCUACUGCACACGCUCAGAACCCGAGGGCAGGUGAAGGAGCAGGAAGAGGAGAUGGCCGUAGCAGGCUUGAGUAGGUUAGAAUAUACAGCCUUACAGUCCUAGAGAGCAACAUUUGCCGAAUGUUCUUUUUUUGUGUGUGAAUGUACCGUGAGUCCUUUUUUUAAUACUAUGUACAUGGCUUUUGUUUUUCUAAACAUCUUUGAUUCCAUAACUGUUAUUUUCUCUGGUCUUGAUGUAUAAUGUAGUGUAACUGUACAGUAACAUGUGUGUGUCUGUGGAGAAUGGAGACAAGUAACCGAUACCAGAUAGAGAGGGAGGGAGGGAGAGAGGAUGGUGUUUUAGAUGACAGUUGAUGUUGGCAGGGUUCAAUGUAGACAAGUUUGUUAGACUGGUGACCUCGCUGUGGCUGACUCAUGAGCAAACUGAUAACACAUUGGUCCUGGUUCUGCCCAUGUAGCCUGCACCCUCAUUGGUGGAAUGACCCAGUCCCCUGCCCACGUAUUGGUAGAUGAGUAAGUACAUCCUGUGACAAGGUUUCCUCAAGGUAAAGACGGGAAGUAGUGGUGGGAACUGUGACAUGACAGAUUUUCCUCUUCUGUCCAACAUUCUUUUCUAUUAAAGUUUGACUUUUUUUCUUUCUUUUUCAAACGAGUCAUCAACGAAUAUUAAAAGGAUCUCAGGGUGUCAUAAAAGCCUCCCUCCUUUUUCACUGUGACGUAUGUGGCCUCCUCCUCGUGGCCUAGCCCGUACGGCAUGUCAAGGAUGCCAGCGGGGGAACACUGGCUCUCAACUACCGACGGGGUCCGAGUUAGAAGCCAACACUAGAGAUUCGCAUCUUAGAGUCAAAAGAGUUGGCACUUAUCAAGGUAGAGGAUUUCAAUGUCAUGAUAGAAAUUAUUUUAUUUUUCCUAGUGUGAUCAGGGCCCGGUGGUGUCUAUGGUUUGGCAACAUACCCAAGCGCUUCAUGUCUGUGUUGUGAUGUCUGUUGAGUAAGCAAGGUGAAAGGGGAUUGGUCAUUCCACUGACACACUGCAUGUGAUUGGGUGGUGAGUGUUACGUAUCCGCAUGAGUGCAGUUGAUUAGUCGUUAAUUUACAGGGGGUCGAGGAACUACGGUAGAAUUUGCUAUGAUGUUACUUACAAAACAGAAAUAAAAUAGAUUUGACUAAGA